AUGGUUCUUCGUCUUUCUCUCGCCGCGCUUGUCGCUGCGGCCGCUGCAUAUGCGUCUGAAGCUGCGUGCGGUGAUUUGCCAGUUGCCAGCCCGACGCCAACGCCGACUACAAUUAUGCCUGCACCCACGACCGCGACGCCGACUUCACCGACGCCCUCGGCCAUCCCAGAACCAACGACGCCGACAGCGACAACUCUGACGCCCUCGGUCAUUCCGGAGCCUUCGACCCCGACCCCGACCACUCCGACGCCCUCGACCAUCCCGAAGCCCACGGCUCCAACGCCCAAGCCGACGUCGGCUACACCGACCAUGGCGCCAAUCCCGGCUACGACAUGGGUGGAGAUCGGUCGCGGAUACAAGCAAGUCGCCGCCGACAACGCCUACGUCUGCCUCCUCGACACGACCAAGCAGGUGGUCUGCGCUGCGUCGCCGUCAUCGACGACCAAGUGGGAUAAGCGCGACGGUGAGUGGUCCACGAUCGCUGUCGGCGGCAACUCGGUCGCCGAGUACAGCUAUGCGAACGGCACGGCUGUCGUCUCGGACAUUACCACCGGCACGUCGGUCGAGAUUUCGACCAGCUUUGCCAAGCACGUCGCGACCAACGGCGACAUAUUUUGCGCCCGCGAGCAAACGACUGGUGCGCAGAACCACAUCUCGAUGAAAUGCAUGCCGUACACCGACAAGUUUGGCCAGCAGCAGUGGAAGUACCAAGAGGCCCAGAAGCACUAUUUUGCCUUCCACGCCAGUGCGUCGACGGUGUACGCUCUCGACAAGGUCAACAACUUGCACGUUGGCGCGACGGCCGAGAUCGCGUCCGGCGAAGUCAAGUGGACCGAUGUCAAGUGCCCGGGCUUCUCGCAGAUCGCGUUCAACGGCGAGCGUGUUUGCGGUAUCACGGCCGACACUAAGCAGAUCCAGUGCAGCAUUAGCUCCCUCUCGGAAAGGCGCAUCACGUGGUCCGAGCCGCUCCCGGGCCGCUCGUGGAUCAGCGUUGCGCUCAGCAACAACAAAGUCUAUGCCGUCGACAACGAUGGCGUCGCCCAAACCCACUCGGUCCCAAGCAUGGCCUAG